AUGUCAACCGUAUCAAUUAAUUUCACAAUUUCAUCUAUAUUAUUGUCCAGUAAGACUGGAAUUUCGUCAACUACAGUAGCUGCAUUAGCUAAUAAAACAGGAUUGUCCAGUUUACUAAACACAACGGUAGCUAGGGGCACAUUGAAUAGUUCUGCAUGUCGAGAAAAAUACAAUAAUUAUACGUGCUAUUUAGCCGCUAUCAUCUAUUACAUUGCUUAUAUUUUUGUUGCAUUAGCAUUUUUACCACAAAUAGUGGAUAUAUUUCGUUAUCGUUCACGAACAAUAAUGGGUAUCAGUUAUAUGUGGAUAAUUGCUCGUAUAUUGGCAUUUAUACCAUUGAUUAUUGUUCAUUCAUUUCAACUAAUAUCAUUUUUUGAAAUGUGUGCUCUACUAACGACAUUAACGAUUUUUAUUCAAAUUAUUUUAUUUGCUGAUAAUUUACAUCGACGAUUAAAAGUGAUACUUGUGGUUGUUAGUGUUGUUACGUGGUCAACAUUUACAACAAUUAUGUUUGCCUUACGCUCUCAUACAUCGUUAUUACUUGGAAUUGCAUUCACAAUAUUAUCCGUACAUAUGCUUCCACAGAUUUUAUUAAAUUCAUUGUUAAGAACAGCUAAAUCAUUAUCAAAAUUUGCUGUACUAUUUUUGGCAUUAAGUUACUCGUUAUUUUUUGCCAGUUAUUAUGUAACAACCGAUUAUGUAGGCUAUUUAAUAAGUAGUUAUUAUACAUUAACAUUUUUCUGGAUUCUAUGGUUACAAGGCAUCAUUUUUCCUGAUCAAUAUAUUCAUCAAAUAUCACGUUCGGCACAUACCGUUCUUACACCAGGUAUUGAUAUUUAUACUGGUUUGGAUGCAAAUCCUCGUGGCUAUGAACCACAAAUGUUUUCAAUCGAAGAUAUGGAACCAAUUGAUGGCAAUGUAGUUUAUCAACCAAUGACAUCUAAAGAAAAUCUACUACCGGAAACAAAAUUAACACGUUUCGUUUGGUAUUCAACGGUUGGUUCAAUAUUUUUAAUUCUGGUUAUAUUGACUGUAAUGUUAAUUUAUCAUGUAUGGAAAGUAUGGGUUAUUAUUGUGCCAUUAUCUAUUCCAGUUGUUGUUGGAUUAUUUCACAUAAUAAGAACAAGAGCGAGCGUUUUACAACUUGAAUAUCUUAGAAAAAUUCUUUAA